AUGGGAAUUUGCCAUACUAAAUCAAAGCUAAAAAGAAGUGGAGCCUUACAAUGUAUUCCAAUUGACUUUGAUAAAUUGAAGAAAUACAACAAGGAACGAUAAAAAUUUGAUCCAAACAUAGGAUAAUAACAAUCCUUUUAUUAACUUAUUUGCUUUGAUGCCAACAAAAUCUCGAAUCCUUUAACCUAAACCUAAAAUUAUGUCUAGACCUAAUAAAUUGAAUUAAAAUAAGAAUGA